AUGGCAUGGACACUGGACAUCGAUGGGUUUCGUGAAAGCUCAGAGCAGUUCAAGUGUCUCCAACACGCCCAUCAGGCCAUCUUGGCCGCAGCAUCAAAGAUUGAAGUCAUUCAAGAAAUGGCGAGAGUCGAUCCGGACGAGCGCGCCUCCGCGGCACAGAUGCUGGUCAAGACUAACAACUCACCGGAGUCGAGUUCCGCCGAUAACUCCAAUGAAGCCCUCAACUAG